CUUGGUGCUUGAGAUCCUGCCCUUUCCUCUCCAAAUUGUCGAAGCCUUUAGUAUUUCUGAAUUCCUGUCUGCCCAUGCUGCAAUAUGUGUAAGGUUCCUGUCAAGUGGAAUUCCUGAUUUACCUACGAGCCAAAAUAAUGGGUUGCUCCUAUUGGAGAGGAAGGAGUUCAGAAAUAAUUAUACGUUUGUUGUAAAGGGCGUGUUACAGAGAAGGAAGUAAUGAAUUUUUAUUCUAGUUCUGGUCUCUCCCGUUUGCACCGUCCUUCGUCAGAUCCUUGUGUUCAUGAGGUAAGGACCCAGCCAGGCGAAAGUCCAGAGUCUUUCACCAAGGCCUCCGGCAGCUUCCGAGAAGGGCUAUGUUGCCUGUUAGUGCCCAUUUAUUGAUAGAAUCGUGUAAAUUUCAAGGCUCCAAGGGAGAGAGACAAGUACACAGCUUCAUUUAAGUGGGAGCCGCUUUGCAAAUACCAAGACUUCAGCCUGCAGGGUAGUUCCCAGAAGCAGCAGGUUCCAUCUCCGGAUAGUUCCAGACUUGUUGCUUUGCAAAAAUGAUCUUCGACUGAUUGAGCGGAACAUUUAAAAUUAGUUAAUCUUUUAGCCUGUUUAAGCGAGAGUUCGAGUGCACGAUGUGGCUGUGGCGGAUCCUAUUACUAACCGUUUCAUUUACUGGGCCCUGGGCAUUGGUUACGUUGCCUGAACCAACUGGGGUAGAGUUCGAUUCUGUCAACUUUAACAACACCCUUCGCUGGACUCAGAAAGGAUCUCCAGAAACUGUGUAUGAUGUUGAGUAUUGCAUCUAUGGAGACAAAGUAUGGAAAAAUAAGCCUGAAUGUCAUCAUAUCACUGCCCAAUAUUGUGACUUAACAAAUGAAAUUGUGCAGGAGAAUAACUGGUACUAUGCAAGAGUGAUGGCAGUAUCAAAAAAUAUCAAUUCAACGUGGUCCUUAUCUGAAAGAUUCUGUCCAUUAGACAAGACUAUUAUUGGAUCCCCAGCAGUGGAGUACACAGCAGGAGACCGAUUUAUUACUAUUCAGGUACAGCCACCACAAGUGCCACCCAAAGGUGGAAUACAACGCUCUAUCAAGGACAUUUUUACUGUCAUUAAGUAUCAAGUGCAGCUCAACCAAUCACAAACAAAUAAAAUGGUAUUUUAUGCAUUUAAUGAAAGCAGAUAUUUCAAAAUCGAAUCUUUGGAGCCCAAUACAAAAUACUGUGCCAGUGUGCAACUUAGCUUAAGACAGGAAAUCUUCUCAAGAAAAAGUCAACCGGCCAAUUUUUGCAUCCGAACUUUAAAAGAAAGAACACUGACCAUCAUUCUGUUAGUGACGUUUGUGUCCUUUGGAAUAAUAAUUACCGGAAUAUUUAGUUGUGUGAUAUACAGUUACACAAAGCACCAGAGGACAUUGCCGCAGUCUUUGAAUUUAGAUCGCAUCCUCUCACAGAAGUGUGCCUUGUUGAAACAACCUCCACCAACACUACAGCUGGCCCCUAGUUAUAAGAAAGAAUCAUUUAAAUUUGAGCAACUUGUUCAUCUGAAUGAAAUAAAUCUGUUAAAGUAUAACUCCAAUAAAAUGGAAGAAGUUAUAAAAACAAAGCAGCACAGCUUGAUAACACAGCCAAAUUCCUAUGCACCGCAAAGUCAUGCCAGAAUAAUGCAGACAAACCUCCCAAGCUACACUGAUUGUGAAAUUCAAAGUAACUCUUCCUCCAAGACAACUGAUGAUGGAUGUUUUGCAUUGUACUGUCCCCAGGCUGCUGACAGGAUGUCAAAUGAUACAUGUUCCAGUCAGAAUAGCUCACAGGCACUGACUCAAAAUUAUGCUACAAUUAUACAUGUGACACCUCAGAGUUCAACCAAGAUAAACACUGACCCAACAAUAUGCAGUGCGCAGAAUGUGUCUGUAAAUGCUUUACAGACAAUGAAUGAAGACAUUGUUUAUAAAAACAAGGGCCUAAUAUUCCAAAAUGGCCAAGAAUUAGAAAUGCAGAUAUUAAAAGUAAAAGAGGAGAAGCCAGCACAUUUGCCAUCAUUUGUCUCGUUGCUUCAUGACAAACAACCAUCAUAUCAAACUAAAUGGAAGGAGAUCCAGCAACUGGAAAUGCCAUUGUCACUUUCAUUGAAAGAUGAAAACCAAAUCAACAUGCCAUUGUUCCAAAAUGGGCAACCAAUCAACAGCCAGUCAUUUUUAUCAUUGUUAAACAACAAUGUAGAUGUUCUGUGUUUGCACUCUGACAGAAUCGAUGAUCAACCAGUAAAGCCUUCCUUAACGGAUGUGUUACAAACUGACCUGAAAGAUGAACAAGUAACAAAGACUAACCCAUUGAAGAAUGACACAUUCACUGGAGAGCUACUUGUCAAUCCUGAAUGGAAUGCUGGAUACAAACGGCAGCUUUUAACUUACCAUUCAUCAAAGAGGACAGGCCAACAAACAGAUGCAUCAUUUUUACAAACAUUGCAGACAAAUGCUACGAUGGAGGGUUGUAAAUUUCUUGAAGACUGGGAAAUACAAGUUCACAUGGAUGAAUAGGUGCCCAAACAGGGAGUUCUGAUCAUGUAUAAAUACAGAAAAUAGCAAAAAUUCAGCUGAUAGGGCAGUAUCAGUGGAGGGACAAAAAGUUUAAGGGCCAUGAUCUUCCAUCAGAAUAUAUCUGCCUUAUUUUGGUUUCAUAUGAUCCAGUUAGACGUGCUGUCUAGAAAUGAGCCUUAUCAACUGUGUAAAGUGUACUUGGACCGAUAGGAUUUCUGCUGCUAACCAGAAUGGGGAACUGACCCGUCAUUCCCUGCCCCAAUUCAGCCAACUCCAGAUUGAAAUUGCUGGAGACAAAGUAAUAUGCCUCCCAUGGGUGAAUCCUGUUUGCCCACCCCCUACCCCCUGAUUGGGAUUCCUUUGUUGGAACACUGUAAUCAAAUUACAUUCUGCUGGAAACCAUUCUUCUGGGCGUCCAUUACCAGCCCAAGAAUGUUUUCUUCCAGAGUCAACCCAGAGUUUGUAUAAGGACAGUGGAUGCUCUGGGCCUCAGGAAUUUUAUUCUUUCAUGGGGUGUGGACCUUGCUGACAAGCCCAGCAUCUGUGGCCUGAUUACCCGAUUACCCUUGAAUUGAGUUGCGCGCUCAAUCAUUUCAGAGGGCCGUUUGAGUCAGCAUCUUUAUUGUGGGUCUGCAGUCACACGUAAACCGCACAGAGUAAGGAUGGCAGAUUUCUUUCCCUACAGGGCACCAGGAAACCAGAUGGGCUUUUGUCACAAUCCAUGAUCACUUUUUGUGACAUGCUUUCAGUUCCAGGUAUAAUAACUGGAUAUGAAUCAUGCCCAGCCUUUGUGGUGGGAUUUGAACCCAUGGCUGCUGGAUGACAUGUCCAGUGAAUUGGCACUCAGCUACCAUCUCCCUCAAAUGCAAUGUGCAGUCCGAUCAUCCAUAUGCCUCAGCCUCAGGCUCCCUCUCUGCAAUGAGUUAAUAUGAAUAAUUCGAAGUAAAAUACUUCUCUCCUUUCAUACUAACUUUGUAAUAAUGUGAAGGUCUUUGAAUAAACUUUCUGAUUGCUUUUAGAAAUGUUUUCAUCAUCAUUUAUCAUCUGUUAUCACAUUUAUGGAAGAUGUUGUGUAAUGUACAUUUAUUUUUUUGUCUGGAACACUUCAUUUUUUGAAGGAGUUUUGUGCACCUGUUUGGCAUCAUUCCUGUUACUAUGUCUUAAAUUGACAUUCAAUUUGUGAGGUCUGUAAAGACUUGCAAUACCACAAACAUCUCUAGUGGGACUAGUCAGUUUUCCGUGUGAAGAAGCAUGACUUAUGAAUGAUCAAACAAACCUUAUCAUUGACCUCUAAUAACUUACAGGAGGGGUGUUUCAGAGCUUUCAUACUCUACAUCAGUCUGAAAUGCAGGCUCAGGGAGACCCAGGAAAUUUUAGAAUCCAUAUUCAUACUCAUGUGUCUCUAUUUCUAGUUUCUGAUUUUAGCAUAGAUUCUGAUAUUUUUCUGAUUUAUCCAUCAAUGGGGCAAUUGCUAAUGAUAACCUUUUCCAAAGCUCCAGAUGCAAAAAAUCCAAACAAAGAACAAACCAGACAAUAAGAUGUGUAUAAAUGGAAAUGAAUUGGCUGUGUUUCAAGAGCCAGAUUGCUGAGGCAUUUCAUCUUUGUAUAAUUGUCACCUCCCAAUUCAAAUUAAAGGUGUUAGGAGAAUAGUAAAUAAGUACAGGGAAGAAUGCAUUUCCUUCAUAGUACAUGAGGGAAACGUCCCAUCCUGUACUGUGUAAUUUUUCAUGUUUUAAAAGACACAGGGUAAAAUUCAAAGUGAGUGAAUGACUUGUUGGGACAGAUUACCUUCUCAAUUUUCCUGACAUUCAUUGCCUUUGACAUUCAGGCCCACCCUCAGACUAAUUGAGAUUUUAAGUACAAGAGCAGGCCAUUUGUUGCAACAUGCCUGUGGUGACCAAACUUACUUAUGAAAUAUCGUAUAAUGCAAACAUGCAAAUUGUUUUGCUGCAGCCAGAUUCAUACAUGAGCAAAAUGUUCCACAGCAUUAACAAUAUUAAUGUAAAGUAACCAUCUCUUUAAUAUUGUCAGGUCAUAGGAAUCCAUAAUUCAUAUUGCCACCUAUUUCUAUUACUACCAGUCUUGUAACAAGCAUACUUUGUGGUAUUGCAUGUUACCAUCUGCAUAAAUUCAAAAGAAAAGUAGAAAACUUCAAAUGUUGGAAACCUGAAUUUAAGACAAAUACUGGAUAUUUUCAGCAGGCCUGGCAGUGUCUGGAGAAGGGAUUAAACAGGGUGAACUUUUGGGUUGAUGAUCUUCCAUCAUUUUCUAAAGUUCUGAAGUUGAGGAAGGGUCACUGCACCCAAAAUGUUAACCCUGAUUUCUUUCCCCAGAUGCUGCAAGAUCUGCUGAGUCUUUCCAGCAAUUUUAGGUAUUGUUCUUUAAUUUUCCAUUUAUAUUAAAGCUCAAAGCACCUUGCCUUACCUUCUUUUCUAUGAAUAAGUUAAUGGCUUCAGAAUUAGAAACAGAAAGUGUUGGAGGAAUUCAGCAGGUCGGGCAGCAUCUGUGGAGAGAAAAACCGAGUUAAUAUUUCAAAUCCGGUAUGACUUCUUCCGAAGAUGUGCAGUUCUGAAGAAGAAUCAUUGCAGACUUGAAACGUUAACUCUGUUUCUUGCUCCACAGAUGCUGCCAGAUCUGCUGAGUUUCUGCAAUACUUUCUGUUCUGAUUUAAAAUUUCCAGCACCUGCAGUACUUUGGGCUUGAAAAUUGUACUUUUUUUUAAGUAUACUUUGUAUUUAGCAAACUCUGACAUGGAUAAAUGUAAUUUUGUGAUGAAAGCUUUUAGAAAAUAUCAGAUGAGUUGAAAUUUAUUUCUCCAGAUUGAAGAAAAACACUCUCCAGAUUAUGCCUGUUCUCAAAAAUGUAAUCAAACAGAAGAUUUUGAAAAUACUGAGCAUGUCUUGGGGCAUCUGUAGAGAGAGAAUCAGUUUUCAGGCCAGUGAUGUCUUUAUCAGAAUGACAACACAAACAUGCCUGAGCCUAAACAUGGCUGAAAUUAUUCAUUUUUCCAUUGUGCUGCCGAUAAGAUGUCAUUCUUUUUAAGUUUAAAGCAUUACAAUAAAGGAAGAAACAUUGUAUCAAA